AUGCUGGAACAAUCUAAGACUGUUUUGAAUGAUGGUUUAAUGACCAAAUUCAAGGCAUGCCGUGUGUUCAAAGAUGCCAUUACACCUAUUUCAAAUAUGGAUUGGAGUGAAGAUGGUGAUUCCUUACUAAUUUGUGAAAGUGAUACAUUGAGAGUAUACACUAUUUCAUCUGGAGAUAUCUUCAGAAUUCAUCACUCUAGGAAGAAUAGUAUGGAUGCAAUCAAAUUUGCACAUAGUAACAAACAAUGCCUUGUAGCAUCUAACAAAACAGAUGGUGAUGCUACUAUCAGGUUAUGGGAUAUUCAAGAAAAUAGAUAUAUUAGGGCUACUAAACUCUCAUCGAGUGUUGUACCAUACAAUGGCAUUUCCGUGCAUCCAAACAAAGAUCUAUUUAUUGUUUCAACAAAUGACUCGAAGGUCUCUAUAUAUAAUUUUAAACUGGAAGCUCCAUUAGCUGUUCAGUCUACUAAAAAUAAGACUCCCAUUUCAGCUUUUGAUCCCGAGGGACGAACUUUUGCUGUUGCAACUGACGACCAUAUAAUCACUUUGUAUGAUUGCAAAACCUAUUCUCCUUUUGAUACCUUUAAUCUCUCAAAUUAUAUUGGAAAGAAGAAUUACAUAGAUCAUAUUACUUUUAGUCCUGACGGACGGCUCAUAUUGGUCAAAACUAAUUUAGGAAAAAUCUUCACUAUUAGCUCUUUCAGAGGGGAGCUUUUUCAAGAAUAUAAAGUUGUCAAUAAAUCCCCAAAUCAUAUAAUAAAAUCUGAAACUAGACCAGUAUUUUCCAGUGACUCCCAAUACAUAAUCCAUGGUUUGCAAGACUCUACUAUUUCAAUUUGGUCAACUACUACUGCAAAUCAUAUAGUUAAUCUAACUGGGCAUGUUGGGCAACCAAAGUGUAUUUCUUUCAAUCCUAAAAAGGCUUUUUUUGCCUCAGGUAUGUUUAUUUAA